AUUUGGUCAUUCUCAUCACCAUCAUUCAUUGUUUGUUGGCUCGAAGAUGCCGCCAAAGAGCAGCAGCAGCAGCAGCAAGAAGAAGAAGGGCUCCGCGAGCGCAGUGACGCCGACCGAGCUGCUGCGACUGAGGCAGCAUCAGACACGCAUGGUGCAAUUGCGCAUUGUGCGCGAACGCAAGGAAGCACUGCGCCAGAAGCACCGCGAGGCGACCAUGCAGCAGGACGAGAGCGAGGACGAGGACGAGGACGAGGAUCAACGCAGCAAGACCAAGCCAGGCAAGGCACCGACACACAACACGGCAACCAGCUCGUCGGAUGCAGACGCAGAGGGCCUCGAGGGCACCGGCGGGGCAGCGGAGGAGGAGCAGGAAGUGGCUGCGGCGUCGAAGCGGAUGACGCCCACCAUGCUGCACCAUGAGGUCGUCCACCUGCAGCGCGAGAUCAAGCGCGCCAAGACGGCCGUGCUCCAGCGACUCACACGGGCUCAGUCGCAGCCGCCGCCUCAAGCCAAGCAAGCUGCGCCGCAGAAGCAGGAGCAACAGCAGCAGCAGCGCGAUCUGGAGCUCAUCCACGCUGCCAAGGCAGUCAAGCCGGAUGCGCUUGCUGCUCGCGUCAACACCGUGCUGCUAACGGCCGUCCCAAGACAGCAACCGGAAGACGGCAGUGGCAUCUUGCCGCACUCAAAGCUGGUCAAGCUGGUGGGCGAAGGAGCCGGCACGCCGACCGCCGCUAAGGCAGAGUCUCAGAUUCUCGGCUACAAGAGCGUUGUCGCCUUCUUGGGCAAAUUCCGUGGCGAGAAGCCUCCAGCCCCAGCACCCAAGCCACAGGACGCCAAGGCAGCUGCCAAGACGGCGGCCAAGGACAAGAAGAAGAACCAGAAGAAGCCAGCGGGCGGAGCAGCGCCCACUCCCGGCAGCUCAUUCUUUGUUUCCUCGCUGCGUGCGAGCGCUGACGGCGAAGAGUCUGACGAAGACGGUGACGACCAUGAGGAUGAUGAUGAGGAUGACGAGGAUGACGAGGUGGAUGACCGCCACGACCAUAUGAUUGCUGGCAGCAGCGACGACGACGACGACGACGUCGAAGAUAUGGAUAUUGACGACGACGAUGACGACAAUAGCCAGGAAUCGAAACGGCGCGCCGAGCGCUACUUGGCCAUGCGCAAAGCCAUCAAAGCGGAGACUGCGCCAAAGCGUGAUAAGGAGAAGGAGAAGGAAAAGAAGGAAAAGCAAGAGUUUUUCAAGCAAAAGCGACGAGAACAGGCGGAAUUCCGUCGGACGGGAGAGCGUCCAGCCACCAAGGCUGCACCUCCCAAAUCGAUGGGCAAGACCAAGUUCAGCGGGAAGGGCACCACUCCAAAGUCGGCAAACCGACGAUCGGAGCGCCGUGCAGGCCUCGCACCCGGCGGCAAAGGUGCGUCUGGCAAAGCUGCGCCACCAGCCAAGGCUGCUGCCCACUCGGCACAGCAGGAUGCCGUCGCGUCCCAUCCAUCGUGGGAGGCCAGUCGCAAGCGCAAAGAGCAAGAGCAAGCCGCCUUUGGUGCCUUCCAAGGCACCAAGAUUACCUUUGACGAUUGAUGAGGUUUGUUGUUGCUGUUGCUGUUGUAGUGUUAACGUUUCAGUGCGGUUGAUCCAGUACUGUCAUCGAAAGCAGUUUAUCCACAUUUCUAAAGGAGGUUGUCCACAAAAGUUCUCGUCAUUCUUUGGAGAUGGAAACAAAUCC